AUGUACAAAUUACUUUUGACUUUCUUGUUUUGCUUAAGCUUAGUAGCAUCUCUAGGCUUACAAUGUGAAGAUUUUGAAAGAUAAGCUAAAGGAUGCCCUGAAAUUUACAGUCCUGUCUGUGCUAUUCAAUAACAAACUGGAAACUUUAGUCAAGUUAAAAAAGAUUAUUCAAACAAAUGUGAAGCCUGCUCUUAGAGUGAAACUUAGUUCGUAGUUCCUGGAAAUUGUGAAGAAUACCCUAAAGAGGCUGUAUUCUGUAACCCAGCUUUAAAGAAAAAUCAUGGUUGCAUUGAAAUUUACUAGGCAGUUUGUGGUGUUAUGUUUUCUAAUGAAAACUUUAUGUGCGAUAGCAAAUAUUGUGCAAAAACCUAUGACAACUUUUGUUUCGCUUGUUAAGACAGUGUUGUUGGAUAUUAUGUCAAAGGCGAAUGUCAAUAAAAUGACUUUGAAGAUAAUGAAAAUUAUUGA